GAACCACCUUCACGGCUUUUGAAGACCGUCUCCAAUCCCGCUUUUCACUCCCCGUCGGGCCGCCAGAUGCCCGCAGCUCCCUGCUGUCUGCGUCCUCUGUCUGCGCUGUGUUGAUGUCUCUGACCGGCUGCCUCGCACUCAAUCAGCGACCUGGUCUACGCACCUGCCCUGCUCUCUACCACCCACCAUGUCUAUAACUUCCCGCGAACUCAACUACCUAAUAUGGCGGUACAUGCAGGAGUCCGGCCUCCCGCGCUCGACCUACGUCUUCCAGGACGAGACCGAGGCAAACGCGCUCGACGCCUCCUACGCCUCCGUGACCCCCGUCGGGCUGCUCGUCAACGUGUUCCAAAAGGGUCUCCAGUACAUGGAAAUCGAGUCCACUCUCGAGGCCGACGGCGGGGUCCGGCCGUCUCCGCCUGUUUUUAAUUUGUUUUCUGACCAAGUCGCGCGCAAAAUCGAUCAGCUUGCGGAUGAAGAGCCGCCGGAGGAAGAUGAACUGCCACCUCAAGAUGUGACCCCGGAUUCCGCGGCACCACCACAACAACAAAUACAGUCAAUAGAACAGCCGGCCGAAGAAAAUGAAGAGCAACCGGAGCAAACAGAUGUGACGAUGAACGACGCGUCGCCUGAAUCAAUACACAGUCUACCUGCCGAGCCUGCUGCCAUCGAGCCACUUCCAGCACCUACACCUACACACACACACACACACACAACAGCACGGAAGCACUCAAUAGAAGACGACGGCGACGAAGAACAGCAGCAAGAGAGCACAAAAGCGCAGACCGCACCGGUAGAGGACGAGCCAAAGCGCGUAAAAACAUCACACGUGCGAACAACAAGUACUGCGACAGCAAAUCUCUUUCAACAGCCACCCCACGUUCCCACAAAACCCACGCAGUCGUCGUCUGCCUCCGAGCCUAUCCACGAGGUCACCAAGGUCAAGUCAGAAUCGUUAUCCUCCGCCGCCCCCACAAAAUCAAGAUCGAAGACAAUCUAUCUUGCGGGCGUGUCUGCAGCCGUCGACAGCGCCUGGAGUCCGGACGGCACAAAACUAGCAGUCUCGACUUCGUCGUCUACCGUUUUCCUGUACUGUUUCUCAAACUCGACAUCCGAGCCAGUCUCGGAGGUGCAGAUAACUCUGAACGCGAUCGAAGAGAUCUCGAGCCUGGCUCUGAGCGCAAACAUGCUUGCCAUCGGUACAUUCUCAGGCACGGCGCAGUUGUGGAGUAUAACAGGCGAGAAACCAAAGCUAGAAAAGACGUUGAGAGGACUCCGAGAGGCGCCGAUAUUAUCGCUCGAGUUUGUGAUUUCAGAAGGCAAGCUACUGCUAGCUGCGAUCGACUGUCUGCGAAAUGCCGCGGUGUGGAGUUGCGCAGAGGCCGAGACGCCGCUGGCGUUCCUUGUGCCGGAUGCAAGCGACUGCACAGACGACGAGCUGAGCGCAGAUAUCAAAAACUCAAUCUCAGACCUGCAAGUGUUGACGGCGAUGAAAGCAAUUGCGACGACAACAGGACGGAACGGGACCAUUGAUGUCUACGACCUCGCGCGGGUUUCUAAAGGAGGCCAGAUCCAGCCUCUGUAUUCGCUCAAGGGACAUACGCGAGCGGUCAACGUGCUGCGAUAUGUGUCUAAAUCCGGGAUACUAAUCUCUGGCUCGCAGGAUAGUAGUAUCCGGAUCUGGGACCUGAACUCGAGAUCAGAGAGAUUUCUACUGGAAGGACACAAUACCGGCGUGAUUGCGCUGAAGGUGUAUGAGCGCGAAGCGGAAGAGAGUCAAGUGAUGGUCUCUGGCGAUGUAGCAGGCCGGCUGCGGGUGUGGGACCUGACGACCGGCACGAUGCUGGCGCGCAUCGAAUACAGCUACCCCGUGUUUGCGUUUGACAUUCUCAAGCGGCACAUAAACGAGCACAACACAAACAACGGCGACGGCAGCAGCAGCAGCAGCAGCAGCAGUAGCAGUAUACACCUGAUGCGCAUCGUGACGGGCUCCAAGGACGGGAUCAUAAAUACGUGGAAAUUGAACAGCGCGGGCGACGGACACAAGUUGCACGCGCAGUCGAUCGGGAGCGGGAUGGGCGGCGUCACGGCGGUGUCGCUGUGUUGUGAUAGUACGACGGGGGAAAGUCGGUUGGCGGUGAUUGCGAGGGGGAAGAGCUGUAUUAUAAACGAGAGUAGUUAGAGCUGUUUUUCAUUCUAUCUUAUGUUCCGUAUAUUAGUCUUUUUUGUUGUCUUCUCUCUCGAUAUGUAUUUUUUCUUGUAAUCUUGUAACCUU